AUGGGAGAAGCAGCCAGAACUAGCAUCCUCUCAAGAAGAUGGAGAAUUGUGGACAUUUUUUCUGGCAGUUCGGAAUUUGAUGGUUCAGAGACACUUUUUGAGAUAGAAUGGAGAAGAAAGUCACUUGAAUUUGAAAGGACUAGAUUCGUAAGUUGGGUGAAUCAAAUUUUAAGAUCUCAUCAGGGUCCAUCUGUUGACGAACUCAAGGUUUGUUUUGACAUGGAUAAGCAAAGUUAUAAAUGCGACAUUGAUAAUUGGAUUGUGUUCGCAAUCCAAAAAAAUAUCAGGAAACUUGAAUUUGACUUUCGAACAAAUACUGGAGACGUUCGGCGCGAUCUCUACACUUUUCCAGUGCGUCUGCUUGAGAUUUCAAACCUUGGUUUCCUAACAUCUCAGCUUCUGGCAAACGUAAAUGUGACUGGAGAGUUUCUCGAGUACCUAUUAUCCCACAUUCCGUUUCUUGAGGUGAUAAGUGUGAAACUUUCACCAGUUCUUGUAAGUUUGAAUGUCUCCGGGCCAUCCCUGAAGUACUUAAUUAGAGAUACACCAUUGUUGCAAUUUGGAAAAUCUUGA